AUUCUUUAACAUCUCCGUUGCUCACUUGUGUUCAGAGAGCCAUCUGUAGAUCAGGAAGACAAAAAAGACGCUCCUGAGCCUCGGCGUCACUCAACAGGAUUGUCCAAGGUCAGGUGUCAGUGGGAAAAUGGACUUCUUUUCAGCAUGGAUAGUGUCUCCUUUCACUCUACCCUUUCUAUGUCUCAUCUGGGGCACGCAGGCCCAGCAGGCCUUCAGGUCUGAGCCCAGGAACCUCACUGUGCGUAUGGGAGCCACAGCUGUGUUGAGGUGUGAGGUGCUGCGGCCCUCAGGGACUGUGCAGUGGGUGAAAGAUGGCCUCCUCCUGGGACCACAGAGAAGCCUGCCAGGCUUUCCGCGCUACAGCAUGAUUGGAAAUCCCAAGAGAGGGCAGUAUCAUCUUGAGAUUGAGAAGGCCCAACUGGAAGAUGACGAACCUUAUACAUGUCAAGUGGGCCAGUCUGAGAGCAGUCAAGCAAUCAUUUCCAGUACAGCCUGGGUCAACAUUCUAAUUCCUCCAUCCGAGCCAUACUUUGAGGUGGACAUGGAAACACCUUGGGUGGCCGGGGAGAAGUACGCCGUCACCUGUAUCGCCCCUGACGCAAAGCCAGUGGCUGAAAUCACACUAUACAAAGAUGGAGUCGAGCUGACAGGUGCAGAGUCUUUCACCAUGUCUGGCUCAAAGGAUAAGCUCCUGAACACGCAUGCUGAAGUAACGGUCACCGCUCUGAGCUCUGAUAACGGGAGGCAGCUGGCAUGUUGUGCCAAGAACCCCGCCCUUUUCCGGCCUGCGGAGACCACAAUGACCAUGAGCGUGUACUUCCCACCUCAGCCUCCAGUUAUCGUAGGUCUGGAGAGAGAGGAAGUCAAAGAGGGGAGAACGCUCGUGUUGGAGUGUGUGUCUCAUGGUGGAAACCCUCUAGCGUCUCUCCACUGGACCAAGAAUGGAGAAGUUCUGUCCAUGACUUGGGAAGCAGAUGUUGUAGCGCAGAGGUCCAGAAGCGUCCUCAACCUGAAGAUCACCCCAGCAGACAACCAGGCAGUGGUGUGCUGUGAGAGCAGCAAUCUGGUGUCCCUGUCCCCUCUGUCUGCCAGCCGCAAAAUCACUGUGCUCUUUGAGCCCGCAGAGGUGACUCUGUUGGGUUCGUUCACAGCUGUUGAGGGGCAGGACUUGAGUCUGAGCUGCUAUGCCACCUCCAGUAAUCCGCCUGUCCAGAUUCGCUGGUGGCUCGGCUACAAGGAGCUCAACUCCACUGUUGCAACUAUGGAAGAGGGAGACAAUGGUGGGAUGACAACCAUGUCCAACAUGACCCACACGGUCUCCCGGAAAGAGGAUGGACUGAAACUCACCUGUGAGGCUUUCAACAAGGGCACACACUUCUCCAAGUCCCAGAUCACCACACUUGAUGUCUAUUAUCCCCCUCAAAAGGUGUGGCUCGAUACUCCUCCUCAAGAUGUCCCCCUUCGUUCAGGGACCACGGUCCGUCUCAUCUGCUUCUCAACUGGCGGGAAUCCCACUGGGACUCUGACUUGGUUCAAGAACAGAAAGGCUGUGACUGAUGCACCGAAGCAGGUGUGCUUUGAUCGGGGUGUGGCUCGAGAACUGGUCCUGGUCCUGACGGCAAGUGACAACAUGGCCAUCUACCGCUGCGAUGCCACAAAUAAGGCAAAGAAGACUAUCUCUGCCCGCACGAAGCUCAUGGUUCACUUUACAGCAGUAAGUAUGAAGAUUUCAACCAAACAGGAGGAGCUGCGUCGGGGCCAGGUGUUAACUCUGGAGUGCCAGGCUGGAAGCAGUAACCCCAAGGCCAACAUAUCCUGGAGCAUGGGCAGACACACGUUCCAGGGAGUGGAGCAGCCACCCAGGAGUGCUCAGUUUGGUGGCGUAUCACUGCACAGUUCUCUAUCCCUGAAUCUGAGCUCACAGUAUCACAACCAGAGGGUCAUUUGCCAGGCCUACAGCCCUGUGCUGGCAGAGGGGGCUAACACAUUCUUCAAACUCAAUGUGCUUUACCCACCAGAGUUCAGCCCAGAGCAGCCAGUGCAGGUCCAGGUGGUGGAGGAUGACAUGGCAGCCAUCCCACUGCUGGUCUCAGCUAACCCAGAGGAGGUCUUCUGUAUUUGGCUGCACCACAGGGAGAAGCUGGUCAAAGAGGGGUAUCUGCGCUACCACUGGUCAGACGAGAACUCACUGGAGAUCAAGAAUGUGACGAGGAAAGAUGCCGGAGUUUACAAGGUCAAGUGUACAAAUGAUGAGGGUGUCAACCAAAUCUCCAUUAUGCUGGACGUUCAGUAUGCUCCCAGUGUCAAGGCAAAGAAAGACCCUGUGGUAGUGAACCUGGGGGAAACGGCAGACCUGAUAUGUGAGGCAGAUGCCAACCCCAUUAUAUCCGACAUGUUCACCUGGAAAUGGCUGGGAGAAGGGGAGGUGGAGUUGGGACAGGAGACCCAGGAAGAUGAAUCUGGCCUUCUGACCAUCCAUGAUGUUACUCGGGCGCAUGCUGGUUUUUACCAGUGCACAGCCAAUAAUGGCAUAGCAUCCCCCGCCACUGUAAAUGUGCAGCUGGUAGUGCAAUUCGAACCAGAGCUUCAGAAAGGAUCCCAGUGGAGGAAGGUAGCAAGUAGAGGGGAUGGAACUUCUACCGCUGAGGUAGUGUGUCGGGCAGAAGGCAUUCCUCGUGUAGACUUCUCUUGGGAAAGAAAUGGUGUACGCAUGGACUUUGCAAACCCCAGGUAUGAGGAGCGGACCGUGAGGGAGGUCUCCUUCCACACCAGCACAGUUAGAGUUGUAAAUGUGAGUGCUGCUCUGGACUACGUUAUCUUCAGCUGCACUGCUCGCAACUCACUUGGGGAGGACACGCUAGACAUCCAGCUCGUCAGCACAAAUCGACCAGAUCCUCCUUCUUUGUUUCGCCAAGUCGGCGUCUCCCACGACUCAGUCACUCUGGACUGGAUCCCCGGCUUCAAUGGUGGUUUGUGGCAAAGAUUUCGUGUAAGAUACCAUUGGGAUACGUCAGCCGGUUUCCUGUACAUGGACGUCUUUCCUCCCAGAGCAACAACUUUCACUGUCACUGGGCUGCAGCCCGUCACCACCUACAACUUCUCAGUCAAUGCCCGCAAUGUAAUGGGAGAGAGCGACUACGCUGACAACAAUGCAGUACUGACCAUCACCACCAAGGAGAGGCCAGACCUGGGAGAAGUCCCAACAGAUGAUGACUCAGUCUCACAGAGUGCAAGUGGACUGCCAGCCUAUUUGACAGUGGUGUUCACAGUGACGUUUGGAGUCCUGCUGGUAUUUAAUUCACUGGGUUGCUUCUUUGGAUUGAGGUGGAAAAAGAGGCGAGGCCAGACAGGGGAGAGAGGAGGCAGUGUGUUAGAUUGGACGAAGAGUGAAAAGGGGGGGUCCAGUCAGUCAACUGUAAGCAACUCCAACAAGUAUGAGAGCAGAGAUAAGAUCAACGCCACAGCCCAGCGCACCCUCCUCAUCGACUCUGGAUCGGAAACAGACAGCAAUGUCUACGAGAGCUAUGCAGCGGAAAGUUCCCAUCAUUAUUACCCCACCGGUGACUACAAUCCGCCUCUCAGUCCACUCCCUGAGGAAACACGUAGGCUCGGUGUCACCGACCUCCCUGUGGACUCUCACAGCCAUCUGUAUGAAGACAUGAGAGACGGGGCUCUAUACCAGGACAUCCUGGCCUCCCCUCUUCCUUCCUCUUCGUCCUUGUUUGACCACAGAUUGCACAGAUUGCCUCAUCAAAAGAACGAGUGGAGACUACCAGCCUACCCUCAGCAGGCAGCUGAGAGAGUGAGGGAUGUUCGACAACCGCGGCGAGAGUCUGAUCUUCCCUUUGAACUACGAGGCGAAUUAGUCUAGAAUGAGAAGGUCAGAGCAGACAAAUAGGCUAUGACAGGGCUUGUGAUUCAACAGUAGUCAUUGAGUACAGUGUUGUAUAGCAGAUAAUAUUAUUAUUAUUAUGAUAAUAAUAAUGACAAAUCCUUUUGAAUUGUAUCUCACAAGUCACAUUGAAUAUACCUGUCACAAUUGUAGAAUGGCGCUAGAAGAAUGCUUGAUGUAAGAUGUUAUAUAAUACAAUAUUUCACUCUCAGUUUUUCUGUGUAUAUUCUUUACAUUCCUCAGAUGUAAGUUGACCUACAGUAGAAUAUGGAAAUCCGAAGAUGCUAAACAGAAGCAAAUCACAAUGCAAGAAAUAUUUCAAAAAAAUAUAUAUUUAAGUCUCAAGCCAUGCACUUAAGCCAGCCACCAGUUUUUUUUAUUCUCCCUCUGUAAUCUUCCUCUCUUUGUUCUUUCACCUUUACCCUUGUUCUAGUUUCCUUUGGCCUGCAGGUAGACGUGAAUCAGUCAGUUAGAGACAAAAAUGGACUGACAAAGCUGUUUUUCGCCCGGAGAAGGGCAGCCCCUCACCGUGGCACUGGGUCAGAAGCAGCACAGACUCACAGUGCCAAUCAGACAUCAUCCUUUUUGACCCAUACAAUGUGAACGCUUUCAAACAUGUAUCCAGAUGAGGACUUGACAACAGUGGGCCGUCCGCCCCCCUCUCUGAUACAAAGAGUUUCACAGUUAGUCCAUGGGAAUCCCUGCAAUGGGAUUGUACUGAGUGGUAUUUAGCAUGGUUAUGUCUUCAGGAGGUAAAGCCAUAUCUAAGGCCAGACUCUAAUCCUAUUUUCUCUUGGAUUGAAGUUCAGCUCACAGUAUCAGUGAGAGAGAGGGUGAGACCGUGCAGGGAAUUUGUCUCACUGAGAGUGGACAGUUAAAAAAAAAGAAAAAAAGAAGAGAAUCGGGAAGAGAGGGUUAAGCUAAGCUGCUACUCUGGCUACUGCUACAAAAAGGAUCUACUCUCCUCUUCAUUUGAUUUCCAUUAUUGUUCAAAUUGUGUUUAAAAGAAAAGCAGUCCAUUGUAUAGUGUCACACCACAGCCUACAGUUUACAAUAGUUAUAAUCUGUAUUUAUAGAAAGCUUUACAAAACCAAAGUUGCUUUACACAAGAAAAAAACGUUUUGACCUGAUAAUGGUGCAAGGUAAAAAAGUCAAGGGGAGACAUGA